AAUUCUUUUGUUGUAGAAAUCUCGUCAUGUCGAACGAUUCUCUGUUACAAGGCACAUUGCACUUGUCCGAGGACUUACUCUGUAGAAGACCAGAAGAGAGAAAGAUCAACGACAUACUGCGGAUUCUUCCUUGGAUUCGACACAGGAGUAGUUUGUUUAAAACCCUGGAAGAUGAGAUUCUAAUCAAUGUCAUCAAAGAUGUGCAGUUGAUCAAAGUAAAGAAAGAUCAUGUCAUCGUUCGACAGGGAGAGAAGGGAAACUGUUUCUAUGUCAUUCUUAAGGGAGCGGUGUCAGUUUAUGCCAGAAAGGAAGAUGAUCAUCACACCGACUACCACCAUCAUCACGACAUGGGUGCAGUCCGCAGCGCCCAAGAAAGAAUGGCGUACUUUGGGAAUGAGUUGGGAAAUCUGAAGAGUGGCAAGAGUUUUGGUGAGAUGGUUCUAAUGAGCAGUAAAAAGGAACGAAAUGCCACCGUGAUCGCCGAUGAGUUGACAGAAUUGAUUAUUAUCGAUGAGGAAUUGUAUAAGAGUGCUUUUCACGCGUAUAACAUUGAAUGGAAAGAGAAGUCUGCCUUUGUUCUUGCUUGCCCGCUGUUUGCGUCCUGGCCGACAGCGCUGAAAGCACUAUUAAUUGAAUACCUUAAAAUGCAUAAAAUCCAGUUUGGAAAUCGGGUAGUCAAGCAGGGCUCGCCUUGUAACGCGGUUUAUCUCAUUGCUAAAGGUGCCGCUAAAGUUUUAUCUGAUCCCAGAAAGUGCAAAGAACAGUUCGAAGCUUUUACACCGAAAAAGAGAGAGAAGAAAAAAAAACGACACCACGGGGAAGAGGAAGAACAAAAAGAAGAAGAAGAAAAGAUCGAAUUGAAUGCAUUAGAAGAUCUAGUUAGGCCUUUAACUGUUAUUGAAAAACGACGCCGGAGAUUGCAGCAUGGAUUCGUUGCUUUGGAGAACAGGCUACGGCGCCGUGAAUUACAGGUCUCCACCAUUGGACCCAAUGACAUUAUUGGUGACGUGGAGAUAGUUCUUGAUAUCCCAGAGUACUGUGCGAGUGUAGAGUGUGUCGAGACGCUAGAGGGGUAUGAGUUGGACAAAGCAAGCUUUCAGCGGCUCGUAGCGCGGCGCAGCCCGGAGACGCUGGCGCUCCUGCAUAGAGUUGUUAUUACAAAGCUGAGGUUACGAGCGGAGAAGUUUAGUGAGAUACCGCUGUUCAAAUAUCUGCUCGAUCGUGCUGAAGCGGUAACUAAUAAGGAAACGUCAAGGUCACUUAGGAAAAAAAGCACCCUGCUGCCCAUGAUCAAAAAACCAUUAGCUGGAGGAGGAAGAUGGAAGGCAACCAAAGCAACAGUUCUCUUUGGUGGGCAGCGAGCCAGAGAGAGCGAAAUCAUUACGGACAGGAAAGCUGAACCUAGUUACAAGGAUAAGAAGCCCGCCUCCAGUGAAAUGAAGAGAAGAGACAAAAAACGCUGCGAUAGAAAGGAGCCGGCAAAAAAGCAGUACACCUCAGAGGAAUUCCGUGCUUUGAAGAAGAAAAUGCAGGCACGAGGCAAAACGAUACGAUGAAGAAGUAUCCAAGGAGUUAUAAGAGGCACUAUUGUUUUCGUAAAAAUCAAACUGUUGUAGCAAUUUUACAUUCAGAAUCUGUGUUAUUCAGACUUGAAAAUUGACAGAGGUGAUGGAAAUAAACAUCAGAUCAUGUAGAA